GGCUCCAGUUGUGGUGAGAGCGCUCAGUGCCUCCAGCCGCCCAAGCCGCGGUGAGGGGGGGCGCGAUGGAUCGCCUCACUAGGAUCGCGAUUGUCAGCUCCGAUCGUUGCAAACCCAAGAAGUGCCGGCAGGAGUGCAAGAAGAGCUGCCCCGUGGUGAAAACAGGGAAGCUGUGCAUCGAGGUCUCGUCCGCAUCGAAGAUCGCAUUUAUUUCGGAGGAGCUGUGCAUCGGUUGUGGUAUUUGCGUGAAGAAAUGUCCCUUUGAAGCGAUACAGAUCAUCAAUCUUCCCAAGGACCUUGACAAAGAUACCACGCAUCGAUACGGAGCAAACACUUUCAAGCUCCACAGGCUGCCUGUUCCAAGGCCAGGCCAGGUCUUGGGUCUUGUUGGCACGAACGGUAUCGGGAAAUCUACUGCGCUGAAAGUUCUUGCUGGAAAACUCAAGCCCAACCUUGGGAAGUUUGCGAAUCCGCCGGACUGGCAAGAGAUCUUGACAUACUUCCGAGGAUCCGAGCUACAGAACUACUUCACACGUAUUCUGGAAGAUCACCUGAAGGCCAUCAUCAAACCACAAUACGUCGAUCAUAUUCCCAAAGCAGUUAAAGGCAACGUCGGGGAAGUUCUCUCGCAGAAGGACGAAAAGGAUCUGAAAACGGAUCUGUGCCAUGAUCUGGAUCUAAAUAACGUCUUGGACCGAGAUGUCGGGGAUCUGUCCGGUGGGGAGCUCCAACGUUUCGCUAUUGCCGUGGUGGCCGUGCAGAAUGCUGAGAUUUACAUGUUUGACGAGCCAUCCAGCUAUCUCGAUGUCAAGCAGAGGUUGAAAGCUGCUCAGGUCGUUCGUUCCCUUCUGAGGCCAAAUAGCUAUGUGAUCGUUGUGGAGCAUGACUUGAGCGUGCUAGACUACCUGUCCGACUUCAUCUGCUGCCUCUACGGGAAACCAGGUGCUUAUGGUGUUGUGACGCUUCCCUUCUCCGUGAGAGAAGGUAUCAACAUUUUCCUCGCUGGAUUCGUUCCCACGGAAAAUCUGAGGUUCCGUGAUGAGUCACUUACUUUCAAGGUUGCUGAGAGUGCUCAAGAAAGCGUUGAGGAAGUCCAGACGUACGCUCGGUACAAGUAUCCGUCUAUGUCGAAGACUCAAGGAGGCUUCAAGCUUCAAAUCAAGGAGGGCGAGUUCACGGACUCGCAAAUCAUCGUGAUGCUUGGGGAGAAUGGAACUGGGAAGACUACGUUCAUAAGGAUGCUGGCUGGUUUGCUGAAACCUGACGAUGUGGAUGACUCCGUGGACAUUCCGGAGUUCAACGUCUCGUACAAGCCACAAAAGAUCAGUCCCAAGUUCCAGUCGACAGUGCGGCACCUGCUUCACUCGAAAAUCCGCGACUCGUACAUGCAUCCUCAAUUCAACACGGACGUGAUGAAGCCGCUCCAGAUCGAAGCGCUCAUGGAUCAGGAUGUUGUCAACUUAUCCGGUGGAGAGCUCCAGCGCGUUGCGCUCUGCCUUUGCCUUGGAAAGCCUGCUGAUAUCUACCUUAUCGACGAGCCCAGCGCUUACUUAGACUCCGAGCAGCGUAUUGUGGCAUCCAAGGUGAUCAAGCGAUUCAUCCUCCACGCCAAGAAGACCGCCUUCGUGGUGGAGCACGACUUUAUCAUGGCGACAUACUUGGCGGACAGGGUCAUCGUCUACGAGGGGAGGCCAUCGGUGGAUUGCAUUGCCAAUCCGCCCCAGAGUCUCCUCACAGGAAUGAAUCUCUUCCUCUCUCACCUGGACAUCACCUUCCGGCGAGACCCCACGAACUUCAGGCCUCGCAUCAACAAGCUCGACUCCACCAAAGAUCGAGAGCAAAAGGCCGCGGGAUCCUACUACUAUCUCGACGAUUGAGCAAGAGAUAUCGUCAGCGAUCUCUCCUUUUGCGCAAGUUUUGUAUCAGUAGCAAUGUAGAGUACUCAUAUCUAAGUUCUAAGCUGUGAUCGCGCUCGUGAUGCUAUCCUCAAGUAACUUCUUCGUAAUAAAAUGAUAUAUUACAAA